UGUCAUAUCAGUUAUACUGUCAUUGACUGCACUAGUCUAUGAAUUGUAUGAAAAUUAGACACACACUUCAAAAAGUUAUCUCUUUGCUAAAGUUCACUACAAAUAAAAAAUAUUUUACUCAUGUCAUUUAAGCUUGUUGCGAAAUAGAACCAUAUUGAAUAUUCUCUACCUAUUUGUUUUGUUCUUUGUAGUACUUGCAAUGAAUAUGGAGAACUGAAAUGCACCGCUCCGGAACAGUGCCGAGGCAAAUGCUCACUGAUGGCUAGUGGUUACAUUAGGACAUUUGAUUCCAAUAUUGUACGCCUGGGAUCCACAACUGGCGAGUGCAAAUUUACACUCCUAAAUUUUUCAAAGAAUAAUAGAGCACUUAAAAUAAGCAUCUUAUCGUCAACAGUAAAUUCAGUAACAACAAUUGUAGGCGUGGAGGUUGAAAACAAGGGCAAUAUCUACGGGAUAAAGAAAGUGGCUCAGACAAACCGCCUCAUCUUUGAACUUAACGCGGUUGUCAAGAAGCUGCCCUACGUGUUGGAAGAAGCUGAUAUCUACAUCAAUGAAAUCACUGACAACUGGGACGUUUUCCGCACCUCUUACAUGCAGAUCUUGAUGAGUCCCAUGGGAUCAGUGGUGAUUGAAGCCGAUGUCCAAACAAUGUCUGGUAAUGUUACUGGUCUCUGUGGUAACUUUGAUCACCACCAGGAAAAUGACUUCAUAAUGGAAAGUGGAGGGAUGGCAAGUGAAAAUGAGUUUCUACAGAUAAAUUCCGAAGGACAAUGUGGAAAAGCAAAUAUAGAUGUUGAAGAUAAUCCGAAGUGUGUGAAGGUGAAAGAUGUUCUGAUGGCGAACUGCCCACACCUGGACCAGUCGAAGCAGCAGCAGCUGGUGGAGGGCUGCAAGCAGUCCCAGACCGACAGCCAGCUGUGUGCCGUGCUCAUGGAGCUGCAGCUUGAGUGUAACCUCAGUCUCGACUCGCCGCCCAUACUCAGCAUCAUGGACUGCAAGCCAACAUGCAGGGAGGGGUUUGAAUUCAAGAGCUGUCGGCGAGACUGUGAGAGGUCAUGCAGUGACCUGUAUCUAAAGAACUCCACCACCUGUGACACAACCACUUGCUUCCAGGGCUGUGGAUGUCCGGUUGACCAGUUCAUGCUGGAGGAAGACGGGGUGGUCACUUGUGUUGGACGUUCAGAGUGUCCAUGUUGGCUGGGGACAAAGCUAAUCAAAUCCGGCCACAGUCUGAUUGUGGAUUGUCAGAACUGGUGA